AUGUGCUCCUCGUCAAGGCAAGUCGCUCGAUGCUCUGCUCAUCCUAUCAGUAAAAACAUCCCGCUUUUCCAGAAAGUCCAAAAGCAAGUCGACAAUCUUAGCGAGUUUGUUUCGAGCUUGCCUGCGCUUAUGAAGCAGGUCGUGGUGUACACAUACGCCUCCCUCGGGCAGACGUACGUUUCGUCAUCGGAGGGGCGGCGUGCAGGCUGGGCGCUUUGUGCCGUCAAUGUCGCAGUGUGGGCCGCAUGGCAGAUACCUCGGUUGAGGCCGUUUAUGCACAUUCACUUCGCGCACAAUCCGCUGAGCGGUAAAACCUAUACGAUGUUUACGAGCAUAUUCAGCCAUGCUUCGAUCAUCCAUCUAGUCUUCAAUUGCAUGGCUCUCACCAGCUUUGCAUCCGCGGCUGGCAACUGGAUGGGACAUGAACAAAGGUCAACUUCAGAGCUUCAAGAGGCCACUGAGAUAUAUCACUUUUAUGCCUUUUUCAUCUCCGCUGGUCUCUUCUCGUCACUCGUCUCACAUGUCGUGUCCGCUCGCUUCCGAUUCCCCCGCCUCGUCGCUCAGCUCGCGCGCAAGCCACCGUCGGAAGCAACAGCCAGAACAAGCGUCGCAGCGACCUUGACCUCCAGCCUCACGUCCGUCGCCAAAACGCCACCCCCCGUGACAGGAGCCAUCGCAGCGGCUGAGGCUGCAACCCCGGCAGCAGCGAUUCUUCCAUCUCUCGGCGCGUCGGGCGCGGUGUACGCAUCGGUGAUACUUUCUGCGCUUGCGUUCCCGAAUGCGGAGGUCAGCCUCGUGUUCCCGCCGACAGGAUCCAUUCCUAUCGGAUAUGGGGUCGGGGGGCUACUAUUGCUAGACUGCGUUGGCGCGUUACGUGGAUGGAGAAUCAUGGACCACUAUGCGCAUCUGGGUGGCGCCGCCUUCGGGGUGUUGUACUACGCAUAUGGUAUGCAGGCCUGGGACGCAACGAGGGUGCGCCUCAUGGGCGCAACACAACAGCUCAAGAAGUGGAGCUCAAUAGAGCGCCCAGGUAGUAAGGGCGGGAACCGCACUGGGGCCUAG